AUGACUGUUGUUUUCUCGUCAACAAAAGCAAUUGGUGCACUGAUCAUUGCGAUUUUGGUAAGCCGUGGGCAUCUACACUAUGAAGAUAAGGCCGGAUUAAUAAGCUUUGAUGGUGAACUGAGCAUCGAACAAGCUCGUGAUCAUCAGUACGUAUCGCGACUUAUCGAAAAUACGAAACCGAAGUGGCCUGCAGGUACAGAAACUGGAUAUCAUGCAAUAACAUUUGGAUGGCUACUGGAUCAGCUUGUUCGACGAGCAGAUCCGGCAAAACGCAGCCUGGCGCAAUUUUACCGGGAAGAAAUUCAACAAUGUAUAACGAAAUGUUAG